CAUCUGCCCACAAAGUUAGAUCUUCUCUUCUGACUUCCCAGUCUUCCUCUCUCUGUUUCAACGGAGCCUCCUCCAUUAAUGGCUGGCCUUCAACAGUACAACUUCUUCCCCACCGACCUCUUGUACCCUCGCCGUCCGCCUUCCGUCGCUCCCGCCGUGAUUCCCUUGCAGCCCCCACAACAAGAAACUAGUUCUGAUCUUCAUCUUCAGAAUCAGCCCACAAGCUUCGUCAAUGUUCCACCUUCCGCUUCUUCUGCUUUGGUCAGCUCCCACAAGGCACAAUCUCCGUUUCAUGCCGAUAAAAAGCGAUCCAAACUCUCCACAGACCCGCUUUCUUUUCUCUUUAGGGCUGCCGAGGAGGAGGCUUCCGACGCUUCUUAAUGAUUUUCCAAAGGAUUGAUCUUUUCAUGUUUCCAGGACUCUGUAAAUUAGUCAAGUGACUAAGCCCGUUCUUCUUCCUUUUCCCCUUCGCGUUUUUGUUGCCUUUAGAAUCCUCCUUCUUUUCAUGCAGAUUGAGUUUUAUGUAUAUUUCAGUGUUGAAGAGUUUACAUGACAUGAAAGGUCAAAUAUGAUUGAUCAUUGAUUUCAUUCCGAACUGAACCUUAUGCUGUUGUGCCUUUCUCGUGCUUUCUUCAAUAUUUCCUCUCCUCUGUUUCCUCUGUUAUCAUUCUCCCUCCCCAUUAACGAGACAAGAAAUUUUUAUUAUAUUCCAUGGCUAAGGAUCGUACGACGCGAUGUAAUGAUCAGAACAAAAUAUGGUAUACUGAAGCUCACGGGUCCUGUCUUCACACCUUUAUUGAUGAAGCACAGAUCUUUCUAGCAAACUUUAGUCCAUUACACGAGUUCCUAUGUUCAUUAAUGUCGAACCAAGAUAACUUUGUCGGUUGAUCAUGUAAUUGGAUUACAAGAGUUUCAGUACCAAUUCACAGUGCUCAAGGAAA